UGAACAUUACAUCAACUGACCCAAGCGAUAUGUGCUCCGCAAAAUGGAGGGUCAGCAUCACCAUCUCCUCCGCCUAGUGCUCUCCUGCAGAAAACUUACAGCGCAGGUCACCAGCCCCAGAACCGACUCCAUCGUGGCCAUGGCCUCCUCCUCCGAGAACGAGUUCCUCGCCCAGUACCGCGCCAAGCUCCACCGCUUCCCCAGAUCGCACAACUUCUGGGACGCCAAAAUCGCCUCCCGCAUCGGGGAAAAGCUGGGCCUCCGCCUCCGCGACAUCGGUGUCUCCGACGUAGAGAUCGACAUCCACGAGGAGCUCUCCCGCCCCAUCCAUCACCGCAGAAUGGUCAUGCCCCUUUUCGAAUCGGUCCGCCGCGUCGGCAUCUUCGUCUCCGGCGCUGAGAAGUUGGAGUCGUAGGGUUUCGCAAACGAACGGCCAGGAUUUGUUGGGUAUACAAUUUUUCUUCUGCCCGAUUUUACUUGAGCAAUAAUGGGAAAGGUCAUAUGAAUUUUUUUUUAUGACCAAAACUGUAAUUUUAAUAAUUUUAAUUCUCCUACUUUGAGUAAUAAUCCGCUAUAUUUAUUUGUAGAAUUUUUUCUUGA